CCAGAUCGCCGUCCCAGCGUGGUCCUCUUCCUCUUCUCCAUCCAACCCAGCCAGAAGCUUGAUCUGGCCGUUCGCCCCAGUCGCUGGUCCCGUGGGUCAGCAGCCUCGCCUCCACCCGAUUCAGUCGCGUCCUCCUUCCCAAGGCUUUCUCCGAUCUGCCAACCCACCACCCCACCACGCCUCGCUCUCUCUGCCCCCUCCUUCCCCACGCAGCGCCGAUGGGGCAGGGCCUCCGCGGCCGCCGGCGCCCUCUGCGACUCCUCUUCUCCAUGAUUCGCCCGCUAUUACUCCUCUCCUCCACGAUUCGUGGUGAUGUUGGGGUGGCAUCUUCUUCGAGCGGGAGGUGUGCCUCGUCCUCGCACAUGCUCGGCCGCGCCAUCGGAGCCCCCUGCAGAGGCAGUGCUCCGCCACCCGAUGAUGUUCUUCGCGUCGUCCCGCGCUCCCAAAGCUGGGAACCGGCUCCCCGCCUCCAAGUUCUCGGCAUCGACGUCCCGUGCUGCCUGCAUCCUCGCCAAGCCCGACUCGCAGCCGUGUAGCCCGAGCUCGCCAAGGCGCUUCAACUCCGCCGCCGCGCCAUCUUCUUCAGGCGCUCGAGCACGAGCACAAGCUCGCCCGCGCCCCACCUCUCUUUGCCGCUCCGUCCGCCGCCCGCGGUGCCGUGACCCGUCACUGCCGUGCCCUGCAUCACUCUGUAGCCGCGCCGCCUGGGUCGAUGCGGUCAGCGCUCCCAAGCCGUUGACCCCGCGCCAGGGGACGACUAUUUCCUCCCAUGCGUGCGCGCCCGUGCUCCAGCCCUCCCCUCCCCAUGCUGCCGGCACACUCGCGCCGCGGGGCCGUAUCCAGCCUGUGCCUGGACGACGGAAGCCCCCCCACUGUCCGUGCGCUCCGGCCAGCUCCGUGUCGCGCUCGAGACCUCCUCGAGUCUUCCCGCCGAGGCCUUCCCAGUGACCAGCCUUUGACUUGGGUCUCCUGUCCGCCUCGGCGCGGACGCCCGCCACGACGCCGGUGGCAAGCGGCGGCGCGUGCCCGGCGAUGGAGAACGGCAGGAUAAGCGGUGAGAGGCGCAGUGGUGAGCCAGUCCAAUAAGAGAUAAGAGUUGCGGGUAUAAUUUCUAAAAAAUGCAGGGGGUUUUUACGCAAAAACAAAACAUUUUUCUAAAUUGCCACUAAAACAGGGACUGCGGGUUGAUUUAUGUAAACCGAGGGGCUUUUUUGUAAAACUGCCAGGAAAAAAAAUCAAUUGCGGGACGAAACUAAGAAUAUCACCUUGCUUUAAUAGUAGGUAUAGAUUAUGUUGUUUCAGACCAGACGAUUAUAUUGUAUUUUUUAAAAGGAGGAUGACCCCCGGCCUUUGCAUCUGGGCGAUGCAUACGGCCAUUUUAUUAAUUAUUCUCAUAAGACCUUAUAAAGUGAUACAACAGUCAAACUAAAGCCACCGUCUAUGCAACAACUGUUGCUACUCCUAUCCAAUUGAUGAAGGGUCGCUGAUAGUCUGGGCCUAAUACUAAACAGACAUCACAGCCAAACCUGAACAUCUAAAACCUAAGGUCCCAACCCGGACGCCUGCCGGGUACGGGGCACCUACCAGUCCGACGCACUCCUCAACCAGGGCGCCUGCCGCGUAUGAGACCGCGGCAGCCACCUGCCUCCAAUUCAUCUUCAGUGUGUACUGCUACACCACCUUGCCCGGCCUCUCUGCCAUCGACACCACCACGGCGCUUGAUAACGGCACCUUUCUGCGCGAGUCCCUCGCCACACAUCCGGCGCUGAGUCUCCACCACGCCACGCCGCCGAGAAACGCCACCAUUAAUGUGCAGGAUGAAGCACCGCUCCACCAAAUAUUCUGUCCACUGGUCCCUCGAACCCGUGUACACCUCCAAGAAAGACGCCACAAGAGGAAAACGACACAAUAAUGUCGCCGUCAUCUGAUCUACUGAUCUAGGGUUUCCCUCGGAGAUAGCAGAUAGUGGCCUGGAACUUCUCAACAGUGAUGCCUUCAACAAGGGAACGACACCGAAAAGUGCCACCAUCGCCGGCCUCGGCAGUAGCCGCGAGCAGGUCUUCACGCAGAUCUGUUCCAAUGGCCUCCAUCAAGCGUCUUGUGCACGGAUCGUCCACCACCGCGGCCGCUGCAUCGCCCGUCGCGAGGCCACAGCCACCGACACAACCUCCGCCGUCCGGGGCCGCCGCCCCCGGGAUCCAGCCCUCGCUGGCUGCCAGAGCGAAACCAACGAGCCCCAUCAAUUGCGGCGCAACCACAUACCGCGCCGCGCGAACGCCACCAUAGCGUCGUCGCGCCGACCGCACGCUGCCGCCAGGAGCGCCCGCUGCCACGCCGCCGUGCCCCACGCUAGCCCAGCGCCUUCCAUCGACCUGGCCGU